AGUCGUUAUUGAAGUGUGCAAUAGAGCAGAGCUGUUAGCUUAGCGUAGUGCGUCACCGUACGUGCGCCCUCGUGACAAAUGGUGACUGCACCCGACAGCCCCAAGUGUCCUGCCAAACCUAUUUGCCUAUUCGCGUAGACUGACGUGAUUUACAUACAUACAUGUAUACAUAUGCAUAUAAAAUAUUAUAUUACAUUCUAUUUAACUUUUGUAUAUCAAACAAGCAUACAUUAAUCAAUACGGUUGAUUAAAAUUUAAUUGACAUAUGGUGUUCCAUAAAAUAAGCGACUCGUCGUCGUCGUCAUCGUCGCCGUCGUCGUGGUAUGUCCAUAUAAUUAUUUAUUGAGUGAGCGAGUGCGUGUGUUUUGUACUCCAAGUGACCUGACUGAUGAAGAUGCCAUUAAAAAGUGAUCAAGAGAUUAUGGAAAAUUCAAUGCUUGAGGAGGAUCCGAAUGGCAAUUCGGCACUCGAACAGGUUUUCAACACAGAAAAGAAUUCUCCACGUUGGGGACCACAACAUAAGGGUGCACAAGAGCUUGCUAAGCUGUAUGGCCCAGGGAAACGUCUACAAGAGAUUGUUUGCGUUUACACGUGCAUCGCACUCAUGCUAGUUGACCUGAUACUGAUCCUAAAACAUAUACAUUUUGAAAGACUGAGUGUGGCUUGUGUGUCGGCAUUGUGUGGUAUUAUAACUGCCGAUUUCGGUUCCGGAUUAGUCCACUGGGCAGCUGAUACUUGGGGAAGCGUUGAAUUACCGGUGAUUGGGAAGAAUUUUUUACGACCUUUCCGUGAACAUCAUCUGGAUCCAACAUCUAUAACGCGGCAUGACUUCAUUGAAACCAAUGGUGACAACUUUAUGGUUAGCAUACCCAUAUUGGGCUUCUUAGCAUACAGCUUUAACACGAAAUCACCUCAAGACAUCCAGCAAGAUUUUGGCUGGAUAUCAUAUUUGUUUUUGUGUUCAAUAUUUGUAGCUAUGACAAAUCAGAUUCACAAGUGGUCGCAUACUUAUUGGGGUCUGCCGAGAUGGGUUCUUUUCUUGCAAAACUAUCACAUAGUAUUACCACGAAAACAUCACCGCAUACAUCACGUAGCACCGCAUGAGACAUAUUUUUGCAUUACUACGGGCUGGCUGAAUUGGCCAUUAGAAAAGAUUAAAUUCUGGCCCACAUUAGAGGCUGUAAUUGAGUAUUGUACAGGCUGCAAGGCACGCGAUGAUGACCUCAAGUGGGCAAAAAAGAUGACAUAACUGUAUUGGGACAAAGCUGAGAAAUGGGCUUUAAUUCUCGAGAUCCUCACAAACUAGUCGAUACCAUACAUACAAAUGUACGUAUGCACCGGUAUGUGUGUACACGUGCGGAUGUUUCUGCAAAUGACACACAAAAAAUUGUAUGUACAAAUGUUGAAUAAACAAGUCGCAUUAGUUUGCCCAUACUAAUUAGAAUUUUUUAAGAUUUUCUCAAAAUUCAUACAAAAACAUACAUAUACAUACAUGCGUACAUUCAUAAAAUUAAUACACAAACACACACACACAGUAUGUUGAGCGAAAGUGCAACAACAACUUAACAUCAAAUAUCACAAGCAAUUAAAUAAUUUAAGUGAACACUCUAGGAGAGUUAGGAAGCUUUUUUACAAAUAUACACCACAUAGCGCAUAAUUAGAAGAAAAUAUCAUUUUUAAAUCAUUUAAAUUUAAGCUUUUAUAGAUAAUACAAUUAUUAAACUGCUUAAAUAACAACUAUCGGUCAAUUCUUUAGAAACAAACAAAUUAAAAAACGAUAAAUUAAUUUUACUUUAAAAUAUAACAAAUUAGACACAUAGCAGAGCAUAUGUGUGACAUGUAAUAUAUGCUUUAAACUUUAUUAUUUAUAAUUUCUAAGCCAAGCCAUUUUUAAUACUAUUAUAAUGCAUCACUCAAUACAGUGCAGUUUUAACAAUAAACCUAAUUUUUAAAACCAAACAUUUUAAUUGAAAACAAUUAAUAAUAUUAUUCAAUGUGCUGUUAUGAAGUUAUAUUAUUUAAUGGCCCGAUUACGGUUUGCAACUCAACUGUAUUUUAGUUGAAGUUUUGAUAUCGCUAUUAUGAAUAUCAAGUUAAAUCGUGAAAAAAAAUCACUUUUAUCGAUUUUCAAUUUUUUUUUUUGAUAUAACUGUUUGAUGUGUCAGUGCGGUUGGCUGAAAUACUAAAAACCUACAACGGUUGCCAAGCAGUUGUAAAAAAAUAAACUAAUAAAAAUAAUUUUAUAUUAAAUAUUUUUAAUUAGUUACAUAUUACAUACAAAAAUACAUUAUAAAUAUUCAUUUAAAAUUCAUGGAAAGAAUGCGCAGCACAUCAGUUCUGACUCGCACAUUUUCCUCAUUGCAAUAUCAAUCAAAACAUAUGUUUUUAUUGUUUAUUUACUCUUUCGUGAGCAAUAACUGAAUUGAAUUAUUUUAGUUUUUCGUUUAAAAAUUUUCAGCAGUUUAAUUAUAAGCCAAAUCUUCAAUUUUUUUAGGUUGACAACAUCAAUUAGUUGUAGUUCGUAAACCUCUUCUUUACUGCCGUGGUAGUUCAUAAUAACAAAUAAAGUUUUUUAGUUGUUCUGAAUUGCUUUAACUUUAAUUCAACUGAAUUCAAACCGUAAUAGGGGUAUAAGUCAAAGGCAUAAGCUGCGAUUAAAUUGGCUUGGUUUCAUAAUACUUACACCGCAUUAAAAUGAAAUAUACGUAUGUAUUAUACGAUUAAAAAAAAAUGUACCAUAGAAUUGUAAUCACAAAACUUUCGUUAUUAGUCUAAUUUUUUAUAAUCACUAAGUUUUGCUAGUAUGUAUAUUCAACUUGCUGACAACAAUCACACUGGUCUACAGUGGUUUUGUUGUCCUGGUAUGCAUAAGAUCGAUUUUGGAUAUAUAAUAUUUAUGCCCGCAGUUCAUGAACUAUUAAUGAUUUUGUAAGAUUGGCUCUCGUUUAAGCAGCAUUAACAUCGCAGUAAACAGAGAUACAAAUGUCGAAAACAUAUGUUCUAUUUCAAUAAAACCCCUUUAAUGAGCUUUCUUUUAUAAUUUUCCAGUAAACAGAGAUACAAAUGUCGAAAACAUAUGUUCUAUUUCAAUAAAACCCCUUUAAUGAACUUUCUUUUAUAAUUUUCCACUCGACAAUACCUGCUUACGGACCAACAGUAAUCUACCAUCAUAUGACGAUCCCAUCAACCUUGGUUCCUUUCUUCAAGCACUUUUAGAUCUUGGUGGAACCACUCUCCGUUUUUUUCACUAUAAUUUCCUAAAUUAUCCGAUAAUUUACCUAGAUGAAUCCGGAGAUAGUCUAACUUAAUACUUAUAUAUGCUCGUAGAGUAUGAAAAUUUGUAAGCAUAUUUGGCACAAUUUCUUCAUAAUUUGGUACUUAAUGGUUACUUAGGGAAUCUUCGAAUAUCAACAUAAAACCUUUCCACGAUUCUGUUUUCAGAACAGUCAAAACUUUGAUAACAUUUUUAUCUUGCUUUAAUUGCAGUAUCAAAUAUUCCUUUCAACAUACUAAGCUUCGGGCAUUUUCUAGAAAUGUAAUUACAAUAAUAUUCUUUCACGUCAAAAUCUUUGAAAAAAUAUUUUAUCAUGUUCAACUUGAUCACGUAUUAAAGCACAGAGCUCAUUUUGAGAAAAUAAAUUUGGUAGAUCUGGGUAUUUGGAGAAAAUAGUGUUUUUGAGAAGUACAUGUGAAUUACUUUUGAAAUGAGAGCGACAUUUUCAUUGAAUAAAACAGGACAUUUUAUAGAUUGCAAUUCUAGAUACCUUCACGUUUGACUUUUUUAACUUUUUAAAACUUCCGCAUAUAUUUUUUAUUUUCGGUUACUGCGGAACCUGGGAGUGGGGAUCACGUGAUGUUUGUAUGCGCGAGAAAGGUGCACAGAACUCUAAUCAUGACUGGUAGCAUAAAUUUAUAUUGAUAAUUGAUAACUUUAUACCGAUAAUUGAUUGAAAUAUUGGGUAACCAUUACAACAAGAGCAAUUUUAUUACUUUCAUGAAUAAAUUCUAAUAAUAAUCUGGGCAUUUAAAAACAUUAAAAUUUGCUAACAUAUCCAGGGCAACCCAAAAAAAUUUGUAGAGCUGUGUUAUUACAAUUGUAGUAACAUAUUGCUGUAAUCGUUGAAAUGGUACUGGCAAUCCAUUUUUAACUUGCUGAUUGCUUUUAUCUUUUCAAGAAAUCAAUAAUAUAUGUUCUAGGAAUAUUUAAAGUUUGGUAAUGCACAUUCACCUUAUGUACUAAUCACUGUUAUUUAGUUAAAAUUUGUAAUAAGUGUAUAUCCCAUUUCAUGCUAAUCUGUAAUAGUAAUUAAAUUUUUCUAGUAAUUCGCAAAACAAUUAAUAACAAUUCAUGUACGGUGUUCUAAUUUAUAUAUUUCACAAAAUUUUUAUUAACUUUCCAUCAUUUAAAGUAUUAUGAAAUGAAUGCGGAGGUGCAUGUCGUGUGAAUGAUCCUUAUUGAAAUGUCUACCAAAGCCUUAGUGAAUGUAUGGGCUGUCUUAAGACUACUUACUUAAAAGCAAAUGAUCUUUAAUGGGUUUAGGUGUAGUUAGAGACAGAAAAAAAUGAAAAUUUUAAAUAUUUUUUUGGCAGUAAAUUAUUUUCUUCUAUAAAAGUAAAAACAUUGCAUCAUUCGAUCUAAUUUAAUAUAAAUUUAAAAACAAAAUUAAUCAUUUGAAAAGUAAAGAUUGUUUUGAUCCCGUUCCAACCGAAGCUCCUUACGGUGGCCAUCACUAAUCCUUGGAGAUUUUAUCUAAAAUCAAUCAGACAAAAAAAAAAUGUAUUUUAUUAUUAGAUAAUCUAGUGCCUGAUCGAAGAUUUUUUUAAUUUUCAGAAAAUUGUUUUCAAGAUUUUCGGAAAAAAUCCAACAGUUAAUGAUUUAUAAAAAAUUAAAAUUAAACUGCACUAGUUUUUCAUGUUUUCAAAUUAAAUUAAAUCAAUUAAAUUUGAUUGAAGUCUACCGAGCGAUUUUCGAGCUACAGUGAUCACCAGUUAAAAAACAUAUUGCAUUUAAAGCUUUACACUUGAUUUACGUAAAGUAAAUAAUAAAUUAUUUUCCAAAGCGCCCGAGAUCCCUUUGCUAAUUAUCGAUUAACUCGAUAAGUAUUUGUCGGAUUUACUUCAAAUUUUCAGGGAAUAUUUCUAAGAUUCUUACUUUAAGAGAAAGAAAAAAAUUGAUUUCAUAAAAAUUCCGACUACCCCUAAACCCUAAUUUGAACAUAAUUUAAUGGGAUUUCACUUAUAUCCAAUAUGAUAUUCAAUGGAUAUUAUAUUCAAUAUACGGUACUUCUAAAAUAAAACAAUUUCUCAAUUCUACCGCAGUAAGUUUUUUAAUGUUUAAAGUUUGGCUUUGAGUGACAUUUUAAUUGCGAAUUUAAAAUUUUAAAUUACGUCAACAUUCAUUUAUACACAAAUUGUAUAUGCUUUUCUUAAGAUAUUAAAAAAAAAUAUUAAAUUUAAAUCUAAGGAAUACAAUUUAAAAUUUUUAAUAAGCGCAUUUUAUGUGCACUUUUUUACGCUUAUGCCAUUUUAUUUCUUUAAUGGAAACAUCUACCAAAAACCAAAGCUUUAAUAUAAAAUAAUUAUAAUUCAUAAAAAAACGUAAGUGACUUACAUUUUGCCUUAACAAAAGAAAAUAUGAGAAGAAACAUUACAAAUCAUCAUUAAUAAUAUUGUAUAAUAUAAGGCCAACUUAUGCUUUAAUUAUAAUUCAAAUCUUAAGAUUGUAAUUAAGUCUGUUAAGUGGCUAAAAACAAGCAAAUAUAAAAACAAUCUAAACUUCGUCAUGAAUUGUACGAGUACGUUUUAUAGAGUGCACCCUUUUACACAAACAAAUAUGUAUGUACAAAUAUGUACGAAUACCUAUAUAAGUUGAUUAUUAUACGAUUACUUAUAUACAUUUGUAAACAACUUUAUUCUGAAGCAAUUUUGUAUUUGUUUGCAAGUAAUAAAGCAAUAUUCAUUGUGAUUAUGGCUAGCCA